UGCCGGCCUGCACGCAUGUCUGCUGCGCGCGCACACACACGCACACACACACACACACACGCACGCACACACAAGCAAGCAGCGACUUAGCGAGGCACUGAACGAUCCUGUUUUGUUCCCAUUUGCUCUUUUUCCACGGAGCUCCUUUAUUCUAUUUUUUUGCCUUUUUUAUUUUUUUUUGCCUUUUUCCUUCCACUUGGACUUGUGUGGAUUCUAGCGCCGCGCCGCCUCGGACAUGCGCACACAAGAUGACGACAACCCCUUUCUUGCCCGCAGAAGUAAAAUAAAAUAGGCUUUCGCGCAUUGGAGAUUGCCCGCUGUCGUUCCAUAUGAAGAAGUCAAAAAUUCGGAUACUCAUCUGUGUCCAUUUACUGCUGCUGAUCACGCUCGGGGUACACUCAAGUAAAUUUGACGUCAACCCAGUGACAGAUGACGUCUCCAGACUCUCGAUUUUGAAACAUAAUAUUCCCAAAGACUACAAAAUUCCUGUACAAUACGUUCCAAAAGAAGAGGCCGCCAUGUGCUGGGUAAAACUCAACGUCUUCUACUUGGAAGAGAGUUUGCAGGAUUUAGCGCACAAGUUCGGGAACAUUUCAUCCAACAGAAAAGAUAUUAGCAUAUUUAUACAAAUGCUCCAAGAACUACGGCUCAACAUGGGCUCUGUGGAGCCCGUCAUGUACGACUUUGAGUGCCACUACCGGGAAGAAAGGUGGCCCACGGAGAAAUACUUUGACUUUGUUACUGACUUCCUUACAAGUGCACAGCAUCCAGAACUCUCUGAUGACUGCGAGCCUCCCCCCUGUCCCACCACGCCAAACACCCCCACAGAAGAACAUUUCAAAGGACCGCCAGUGUCCAGCAGUCCCAGCUCACCGUGUGAUUGGUCGACAAGCUGCCAAUCACAUCAACAAUCCCGACUGCUUCCUGAAGCUGUUGAGCGCAGUCUUCUGUCCCUGCUGCUUAUUCCCUUCCUAGCGCUAAUAUUCCUGCUGGUAUGGAAGCAGCUCAGAAGCAAACGUAAUAUCCCGCAGAAUCCUGCAGAAGGUGGACUCUUCACGGGAGGGCAAGACACUGCAGCCACACCACAUGCUGACAUGACAGAAAAAAACCGGCUGACCGUGACUGAAACAGUUUAACGAGCUUCAGCCGGUGACCCAACUGGAACUCCAUGGAGGGCUUUGGACUUUUCGCCAGACGGACGACGGCUCGGUUCCGACUGCCACGAGCAGGAUCUGACUGGUUAAACCUUCUACUGUCUGGACGAGCUUGCCUUUGCUUUAAGACUGCGUUCACUUCCUGCUUUUGACAAAACCUACUGAGGUUCCUAUUCCUGAAUCCAAAUACCCUCCCCCCACCCCGGACUGCAGAGAUUGACGACAGAGAGGAGGGUGAUGAAGUGCUACCUCUGCUCACACUUCUCCACCGCCUGCAGAGCAUCACCUUGAUCUCCACAGCCCAGCUGGUCUCUUGGAGUCGUGCUCCAAUCUUCUUAUUUAUUGACAGCGCCAUUGAGCUGCUGCACCUGUCGGAUUUGGAGCACCUUUGGCAACAGCCUUCUUUUAUCCUACCAACGGAAGAACAUUCCAGAACAAGUGACACUUCCUGGGGCGAUGAUGAGGUCUUCAGACGCUGGCGGUGACCAAGGGGCCGUGGAUCAAGGAUGAAGACGGGAUGAUAAGGACCGACCUGGACAUUAUUGACUUGGACCAGUGGAACCUCUGAGGCCAAACACAAAGCAUCAUGGGAGUAGGAAGUCACAUGUUCACUUUCUUCAUGGUGUGGAAGGCUUAGUAUUUGUAGUCAAUCUGGAUUUGGUGCCGCUGGAGUCUUUGGAAGGAAGUCAUCAAACUACCCGU